AUGGACAUCUUCAAUGAUGAAGACUAUUAUCCGGUUCCGUCGGACAAGGUCAUUAGUUUUGGAGAGAGUGGUGGAUCGACGUCCGGAAAAAUCGUGUUGAAAGCGGACCUUGUGGCGCUAAUUAUCCACCUAUCAUCGCCGAUGGGGGACGUCGAUUAUAGCGCUCUGUCAGAUCUGUUCCUUGUUUACAGAAAUUUUAUGUCAUCGAUGGAGUUGUCUGAUUUACUGAUCAUGCGGUUUCGUUGGUGCGCCAAGGAAGUGACCUCUUCUGGAGCGGAAAGGGCCAAGAUUGGAAGAAUUGCGCUGGUAAGAACGUUUGUGCUCUUAAGGCACUGGAUUUUGAACUAUUUCAUUCAGGAUUUUCUGUCGCAUGUUGAGUUAAGGUUAAGGAUCAUUAAGUUUUUAAAUGAGCCAUGUACCGCAAGCCCGACAGUCACCAAGAGCACAAUCAUAAAUAUGAAGAAGGCGUGGGUGCAAUGCAUGGAGAACACAUGGACUAAUAUCGACCUUGAGGAACCCGCCAUGAUCGGCAAUGAUGAUGAAUGGGUUGAAUAUCAGAUAUGUGAUUAUUCGCAACUCGAAGAUGUACGAAAAAGAGAUAGUCAACUCAGCUCAUACGCAAAACAUGGUGCUUCGAGUCCGUCAUUCAGAAAUCAAAGUGUUUUGUCUCUCUUCAAGAACACCGAGCUAUUCAAAUUUGCAGAGUCUUACGCUCAGCCGAAAUCUAAAAGCAUAAAUAAGCAUAGAACUGGGUCCAUGAUGCUAUUUCCACGUGAUAAUUCCAAUGCCAAGAAUGAAAUCGAGAGAUUGCCUUCUUCCGAAGCUGAAAAAGUAAAUUCAGGUUCUGUUGAAUUCAAGUCAUUAGGGAAUCAUAUCUCAAAGAUAACAAAUGUCUCACACGCGAUAAAAGAUCUCAAAUGCCCUGAAUCACCAGGCGUUGAUAAACUAAUGCCGCCAACCCCCGCCAGAAAAGUGGAACUGAUAUUGAAAUUACCUGAAAAUAUCGAAACAAUGCCAGAAACCAGUGAAAAUUUCAGCUCACAAAACAUAGUCAAAAAAAGUACGGAUAAAAAGCAACCGAGACACCGAGGUGCCGUAGGACUACUCUCAAAGUGGAGAAGAAAUCAUUCAAGUUUUGGACUCAACCAAUCACAACCUAAGGCUGAACGAAUCAAAAAUGGAUAUUCAAAGCCAGAAAUGGAUAAUUUUGUCAAGUAUGUGAUAUCUAUUACAUCUUUAGAAAAUAGAGAACAGGAAAACAUAGAACUAAUGAAUCUGGUUCAUUCGAAAUUUGAUAUUCUAAGCGCAAGAACGAUUGAAGAAGUCGAAUAUCUUGUUUCUAUGGAAAAAGAGCUCAUAAAAGAAGUUCAAGAUACAGUUCCUUAUCAUCAAGUUCCUGUGUCUCAAACAGGAGGUAAAACAGAUACUGUGAGUCCUUUGGAUGGUUUUCAAGUUGGUUUUAGCGCCGUUGAUAAUUUGAAUCUGUAUCAAACUGUCAGCUCGAUUGCAAAUUCAGUUGUAUCACUCUCUAAAACACUAGAUCAACAUCGCAAGCAGCAACCGCCCAGCGGAGCCCUGUCUCCUUCUUACGCCGCGCUAGAGCGCCGAAAAGUGCAAAGCUUGAUUACUACUGCCAUGCACAGUCAUUCUAGGUUUAGUCUAGUGAGUCAAUACAAUUAUAAGGAUGAUGUAUUACGACAGGAAACCGAUGGACCUCAGAGAUUAAUUUUUCACGACAAUAACGGAUGCAAAAAAUUCAGCCAAACCAGCACUUCAGAGCCCGUUCUAAGCGUUACUCCUUCUAAAAGGGCACCUCUUCAGCCCUCAAAUAAAGCAUCACCCUUAAAGCAAGUACUGCCUAAUGUUUACGAACUAAAUACAAACGGUAAUGAUCAACGAGAUUCAUUUAUUUCUUCCAUAUCGUAUGAUUCUGAACUCUCAAAAUUUUCAGAGAAAGAGUUUAAUGCACAUUCAUCACAAAUCGAUUCCUCUGACGAAAAUGACUUUCCUAUCAAACGAAAAUUGGCACAAUCCAAUUUACGUGAAUUUACUUUUGAAGAUAGAAAGGAGGCGGACCGUGACCGGAAUUGCUGGAGCAUGGCUACGAAUUCCUCCUUCGUUACAACCAGGGAGUUCGAACACGAGAAUACCGUAUCAACACCAAGGAUGAAAACGCGAAGCAAAGCUCUCGCGAGUGGGAGGAUAAGUCUAAUUCAAAAUAAAAACUCAAGAUUAAGCAGGCUUCCUAGUGCUUCGAAAUCGCCUGUCGAAAUAAUGAAAAGAGAUUCGGACUAUAUCGAAAAAGACAAUGAACUUUUGAAAAAUGAGCUUGAAAUUCUUGAACUGGAAAAAAAGAUCUCCUUGAGGAUAUCAUGUGCCGCAAGUGUAAAUACUGAUAUUCUCUUCAAUUCUAAACAGAACAGUCCUAGAAAACACAAUGACCAACAAGCUCCUCAUAUUGGUCUGAGUAAAAAACCUAGUAUGAAAUCAGUAGAUGAUGGAGCGUCAAUAUCUACCGAAAUGACGGAUAUUGAUUCUGAUAACAAUGAGUCCGGACAGGGAACAGGUUAUAAUAAUAUUUCGAGUAAAUUGAAUCCUAUUCUUAAUCAGGAAUUAUAUGAAGAUUCAUCAUUAAAUUUUUUAAAUGCUAAUGAAAAUGAUCUCAAUUGUGAUGAUGUAGUUCAAUCGGGUCUAAGCAACAAAUAUCUGUUUUCGCCAGACAGUGACAGUGCUGACAUGGCAUCCCCUGCCAAGAACGUGGAAGAACUAAAGGACAAAUUCCUGAAGAAGGAAGAUACAGAAGAGGUAUCAGAACAAUCAAAAAAAACCAGCUCCGAAGAAAAAGAUCAUGUGCCGCAAGAAAAUCUUACAUCUGUAAAUAAUACACUACCAGCAGAAAACGGGACACUAGUAGGAAAUGUAAAUGGAAAACAAAAAGUUAUAAACCGUGAAAAUAUUGUGGACAUCGCAAAUCUGCCUGAUGAUUCUGUCCAUGACGAUCCAGUAAACGUAGCUUUGAUGAAACUAGAAGGACUUUAUGAAAAAGACACUGAUGAAGAUGGAAAAAAGAGAAACGCAAGUUCAAUAGCCUCUGCUCUGGCCAAGGAAGUUGAUAUAUUGGGCAUUUCAGAAUUGGCUGUUCUGCCAACUAGUCCUGCCGAUAAACGAAGAUCACUUUUAAUCGAGAGAAGACGGCAAACCAUGAUCAAUAUCCCUUUCACCCCUAUUAAUGAUAGACAAGUGUUGAAUAAUAAUGCCUUUGCAGAUCCUAAAAAGAUAACAGAACUACUGAACGGAUAUGAAAAUCGUGACCCCCGAUUAUUAGUAACCAACAGUGAAGAGCAUGUGCCAUUUAUACUGAUGUAUGAUUCUCUUUCGGUAGCUCAGCAAAUGACUUUGAUCGAAAGAGAACUACUUGGUGAAAUUGACUGGAACGAGCUACUCAAUCUUAAUCUAGCAUACAGCCCCCCCCAUGUCACAAGCUGGCUGCAAUUAUUGAUGCAAAAUGAGACUCUAUCUGGCAUAGAUUUGGCUAUUGCGAGAUUCAAUCUCACUGUAGACUGGAUUAUAUCCGAAAUUGCUCUGACAUCAGAUAUAAAACUGAAAAGGAAUACCAUUCAAAGAUUCAUUCAUGUUGCAGAACAUUGUCGUGUGUUUCAGAAUUACAACACGUUGAUGGAAAUUGUUCUUGCAUUGAGCUCAACAGUCGUCCAGAAGUUUGCAGACGCCUGGAGACUUAUAGAGCCAGGUGAUUUGCUCACUUGGGAGGGCUUGAGGCAUAUUCCGUCCCUAGAUAGAAAUUACUGCACAAUCAGAAAGCUACUGAAUAACAUUAAUCCUAUAACAGGCUGCAUUCCCUUUAUAGUGGUUUACUUGUCCGACUUGUCCCUCAACUCUGAGAAAAGAACAUGGUUUGUUGACAAAAAAGUUGUAAACUACAAUAAGUUUGAUACCAAUGUUCAAAUUGUGAAGAACUUCAUUCAAAUAGUACAGUGGUCCAAGUUUUACGAGUUCACUGUGGAUAACGAAUUGCUCAGUAAGUGCGUCUAUCUAUCUGCUUUAAGCACCGAAGAGCUCACAUAUCUCGCAAACAAGAGAAACCUGGAGAAUCAUUGA